UUUUUACGCUCAUUCUCUCCGCCGCCACCAUGCGCAAGAUAUCGCGGAGGGCGGCCGGUGUGGCGUGGGUGACGUGUGUGCUGGCCAGCCUGGCGUGUGGCGCGGCAGCUGCUGCGACAGUUCUCCCUCAGGAUGGGCACCAGGACAAAAUUAUGGACACUGGAAGCCAGCUUAACACCUCAGAAACUCCAGGAAGUAAUUCUACUGAAGGAAGUUACAAUGAUGUCCUUCCUCAUGAAUCCCGCCACCAAGGGGUAGUUCCACAGUGGAACUCAAUCACAAGCCUUCAGCAGAUCCACAAAUUGAAUCUGGAAAUGAAAUCAGAACAGAAGAAGGAAGAGUAGAGGGAUCCAGUAUCAGUGCUGGAGAACCAGGGAACUCUGGAUCCA